AUGGACCCAGGAAUGAUGCCGCUGCCAGACACUGCGUCUGGAUUAGAGUGGUCUAGUCUCGUCAGCGCCGCCAAGGCCUUUGAGGUGCAGAGAGCGGCCUCACUAUUCUCCCUGAAUGAAGUUGCCCUGAGUCCGGUCCAGAGCGGAGGCACUGCACACCUCAGCUUGGAGAGGCAGCACACACCACGCAGCACCCCCACCUCCAGUGAUGAAGUGGCUCCAGACCUCACCGGGAAAGUUAUGCAACUGGAAGUCAUGCUGAAACAACUUCACACUGACCUGCAGAAGGAAAAGCUGGACAAAGAGGCUCUGCAGAUGGAGGUGGCCAAUCUCCGAGAGAAUAACCAGCGGCUUCAGGCGGAAUCACACUCAGCCAGUGAGCAGCUUAGGAAAUUUGCCAAAAUUAUUACUGGUACAGUGGAGAAAAAGGAUCAUUAA